AUGGUGGAGCAACCUACUUCAUACGAAAUUCCCAAGACUCAAAAGGCAGCUGUGGUUACACAGUAUGGUGAGGACUUCAAAGUCGAGGUUCAAACCGACUUCCCGGUGCCCGAAAUCAAAUCCGAUGAGAUUCUAGUGAGACUAUACUCAUCAGGAGUAUGUCAUUCAGACUUGUCAGCUAUUAAAGGAUCAUGGGGAAGUAAAAUGCAAGUCCAAGUUGCUGGUCAUGAGGGCUAUGGAUACAUUGUCAAGCAUGGCUCGCUUGUUGAUCCUACUGCUUAUCCAUUGGGAACCAAAGUGGGAGUUCCUCUUCUCUACAACCCCUGUAGAACUUGUAGUGCUUGUCUUAUUCCAGAUGGUGAGGCGUUCUGUCUCAAGUCCAAAUUCUACUCGACUCAUAUCAAUGGAACCUGGCAGCAGUACGUGAAUAUCCACUCGCAAUAUGUGAUUCCUGUACCAGAUAUUUCCAAAGAGCACGAGAAUGAAAUUGGUCCUAUUCUCUGCGGUGGUUUGACUGUGUACAGAGGAAUCAAGAGUUCCCAAGCUCGUGCUGGUAAGACUAUUGUUGUGACUGGUGCAGGUGGCGGUCUAGGAUCAUUGGCCAUUCAGUAUGCCACGGCAAUUGGCUUGCGUGUGAUUGCAAUUGAUACUGGUGCUGAUAAGGAAGCAUUAACCAAAAAGCUUGGUGCUGAAGUAUUUAUCGACUAUGCCAAGGAGAAGGACAUUGUCAGUGCAGUGAAGAAUGCCACUGGAGGUCUUGGUGCUCAUGUGGUUUUGUCAUUGGCUCCAUCUGAGGCUUCUUAUAACCAGACAUUGCAUUAUUUGGCUGUCCAGGGUACUUUGAUCUGUAUUGGUCUUCCCAAGGUAGGUGUCAACCUGACCUUCCCUCCCAUGCUGGCUAUCAUGAAGGGUAUUCGUAUUAUUGGUUCUCUUGUGGGUACCCGAAAUGAUAUCCUCGAGGCUCUUGAUUUCCUUGCUAGAGAUAAGGUUCAUCCAUCAAUCACUGUUCACCCUAUUGAGGAUAUUCAGGCCAUCUUGGAUAGGAUGGAUAAGGGUCAAUUGCCAGGACGUGCUGUGAUUACCUUUGAUUAG